CCAACCGUACACCGCUAGAAGCUUCUUCCAACCCGGCCAGGAAACCAAAAUCGGAAAUCCGGAUAGAGCGCCGCCGCGACGAGCCCCGCCCCCGCGACCAGAUUCCUUUCCGCCGCCGCCGCCCCGCCACAAGCCGAGGCGACCAUGACGACCAUCCGCCGCUUCUGCUGCGACGACCUACUCCGCUUCGCCUCCGUCAAUCUCGACCACCUCACUGAGACCUUCAACAUGUCCUUCUACAUGACGUACAUGGCUCGCUGGCCCGACUACUUCCACGCCGCGGUCAACCCCGGCGACCGCGUCAUGGGAUACAUCAUGGGUAAGGUUGAAGGACAGGGUGAAUCCUGGCAUGGACAUGUUACGGCUGUGUCUGUUGCCUCAGAAUUUCGGAGGCAAAAGUUAGCUAAGACGCUUAUGAACUUGCUGGAGGAAAUCAGCGAUAAGAUGGAUAAGGCCUACUUUGUGGACCUCUUUGUAAGAGCAUCUAACAUGCCGGCGAUAAGGAUGUAUGAAAAGCUUGGCUAUGUGGUUUAUCGUAGGGUACUUCGUUACUACUCAGGGGAAGAAGAUGGCCUUGAUAUGAGAAAGGCAUUAUCACAAGAUGUUGACAAGAAGUCCAUUAUACCUCUCAAGAGACCAAUUACACCCGAUGAACUUGAAUAUGACUGAUGCUGAAUUUCUAAUUACUGCACUGUUGUGCUUUCUGUUAAUCUCGACGCUUUUAUGGCAGUUUCACAAGUUUAUUGUCUCCAGUUUAUUUUAACGAGUGAUUGUUAUGUUUUCUUUUUGCACAUCCAUGUUAAGGUUCGACAUAGUUUUCAAGGUGAAUGCUGAUGUUUCAGUAUGGAAUGUGGAUCCAAGUGGUGCAUCCUGAAAUGGAUUGCCAAAUUUCCUUUUUACCUGACUAUUUUUUCCCGGCGGUGUUCAUUUGUGGUAUUGAAGUUA